AUGCUCAGUCUUCGUGGCGACACGUCGCCUGUCCUUGCCGAAGCGCUCUGCUCCUCGAGCCUUGUUCUCUUCGCGUUCAAGGCUCGCCCACAUCUCGACCCUGUGCAUUCUUCAGACCCACCCGUAUACAACCCUGCAGUCCAAUCUCUCGAUCGGUUAGAAUCUCCCGACACCCUUCGGAGUGGUGGUAUACGAGACCAACUGCGAAAAUGGCAUCAGGAGCAUGGCCACCUACACAAUGACAUCAGCAAUGAAUACGAUGUUGAUGCCUCGGGCGAACAAACAAACAACUUUACUCGUUUAGGCGAUGUCGACAACUUCCGCCGUCCGGAUGAGCAGCUUGAGAACGAACGCGAAGACUCGUCUCAUCUGUUAAGUCCCACUGACUUUGAAGAGUGGGAUCCACACCAUCGUUUCUUGCGCNNAAGGAGCGACCUGGUUGUGCUCGACUUCCCCCGCUCCGAACGAGAACCCAUACUUGCCAUCUUUGUACGAAGAGUCGGAAAGCCCGCACAAUCUCAAUUCUAUACCAUCAACGGAAAAUGGCUCCACGCCGUCGAACGAAACAUCCAGCACGUUGUCACUGACUUUGUGUCCUCGAGCCUUGUCGAUCCCAUUCUAUCAUAUCUCCCCGAGUCUGGUGUCACUGAAGAGUUGCUGGACAGAGCGCAAAUGUUCGAUCUUAGUGUCCCCAGAGACGUCUCGGCUCCUUUAGUUACCAAAAUGCUCGGGUUCCAGAGGACGAGCGAAGAAAUUUAUCGCCAGAACGCAACAACUCUCGACGGCGCUCACUGGUCCUUGGCCCAUCCCACCGACCUAAAGUUUGGUACUCUCGAUUUGAUAGCCGCCCGACUCCUGGGAAAGGACAAGGGCGAAGUCAUCUCGCAAGAAAUGAUUUAUGCCGUCCGCAAAGCUCUUUCGAGAGGAGGUUUUGCUUUUGGCCAUGAUCGAAGAAGUCAUCGCAUCACUGGCUUCAUCCAAAUUCGAUCCAAGGACCAGGUGGCAAACGUCGAAAAGGUGCGCAACUGGCUUAGAGCAUGGCAAGAUGAUUUGGCAAUCUUUGCAGCGGGCAAAUCUGCAAGUCACACAUUCUCGCAGAGAGGCCAAUACGUUGCAAACUUUAUCCACAAGGCGAAAUCGCUGAUCGAGAAGAGUCGUGAACUUCGUGAAGUCACUCUUUUCGGUGGUCUGGGUAUCAGCAAAACACGUUUCGAUAUCAACAAGGAAGACGUACUGAAAUAUGAGCUGACAACCGAGUUUGAUGAUUAUGACCGUGAGCUGAUCAAAUUUUUCGAGGCAUGGGCAUGCUCUAGCCUUUUUCUGGGUCUCCCUCGUAUUGAAGCCCUACCUCCACUUAUCCUGCAAGCGACUGGCAUGUAUGAGGAGCACAAGCUGGACCCGAGGUCCGGCUUCAUCUUUCUGCAAGAAAUCGUGGAAGAUGCUGGGGAUGGUGAACACUGGGUUCACGUUCACAUUGCAAAUCCGACCGCAUUCUUCGACCAUGACAAUCCUCUUGCUAAGAUGGCACGCCAUAUGACUGAGACCAUCUACAUGCCGGAGCGUGCUUUCGUCAUGUUGCCAAGGUGGUCGACCAACAAACAUUUCAGUCUGCGGGCUCAACGUCCUGUCUUGACUUUCAGCGCCAGACUGAACUCCCAAGGCGAAACGAUGGAGCAGAAGAUCCAGCCUGGCUUCAUCCGGAAUGUGAAAUUCAUAAGUCCUGGCGAGGCAGCCCGGAUCGUCGGUGUUGCAGGUGGGUUGCACCCAGAUGUUGUCCUAACAGUCGGUGGUGAAUUGCCUCGUCACGAACCCAAGAAGACCGCUAAGUCUCUGCUCGAACCCGAGAUUGAGAUGCUGAAGAAACUGCAACUGCUCGCCGAGAAACGUCAGACAAAGCGUCGCAUGGCUGGAGGUCUGUUCCUCGACUCGAAUCGGCCUGAGAUCAGUGUCUGGUAUAAUGGCAGACAUCCUGGACUUCCGUGGGAGCACCCAUCCAGGGUCAAAGCACGAUAUGUGGAAGGCGAUCCCAUUCUUGAAUAUCGUACGAAACCACUAACUUCGUGGUUCUCUUCUGGCGAAGGAGUUUCCGACAUUCUUGUUCGUGAGCACAUGCUUCUAGCAUGCGAGAUUGGUGCAUCAUGGUGUGCAGAACGUGGCAUCCCCAUCAUCUACAGAGGAACCCUAAUCGACCCCGAAACUAAUGACGCAAAGAGAUUUUACGACGAGGUAUUGGCUCCGGCCACAGAGAAGAACAACGGCGAAGCUCCUAUGCAUCUUGCCAUUGAAUACCUUUCAAACUCUGGUUCCACCGUCCUGACAACCAAGCCUUUACACCAUCGCGUCCUUGGUAUAUCCCAUUACAGCAAGGCUACAUCGCCGCUUCGUAGAUAUGGUGAUAUGCUUUUACAUUGGCAGAUUGAAGCAGCCCUGCGUGAAGAAGCAAAAGCAGGCGGUCAAGUCAACUUUGAAGGCCCAAAGCAGCACAUGCUGCCUUUCUCAAAUGAAGCUCUCCAGACGAUAGCAAAGGGACUACAACCUCGCGAGUCGAUGAUUCGUCGCGCCACCACCUAUGCUGAGGAGCACUGGCAGGCUCAAGUCUUCUUCCGUGCCCACUAUUAUAAAGAAUGCGAGCUACCAGCUACCAUGAACGCCUAUAUACAUAUGCAGCCCAGCACUCAAAGGUCUGAGUUUGCCGUCAUUAUCAANGAGUUCAGUCUGGCUGCUACAUUGAGUCAGCCAGAAGCCUUUGGUCUUGGNGAGGCCAAACCAGGUGACACCUGGGAGUGUGAGAUCGAGAGCGUCGAUGUCUUUACGCGAAGAAUUUUGUUCAAGCCUGUGCGUCUUGUUGACCGCUGGGAAGGAUAG